AGAGGGGAGAGAGAGAGAAAACAGAGGACUGGAAGAGAGAGAGAGAAACGUGAGGUCGUUGUUCCAAGGACCCUGGUGUUAUCUUCUUUCUCUCCUCACAAAUUUCGUCACUUUACUCUGGUUUCUAAUUCAUAUCUACAUAUAUUUUGCUCCUCUCUCUCUCUCUCUUCAAACCCUAGUGUAAACUCCAUCUGGGUCUCCAAUGGGGAGUUGGGUUUUGUCAGAAUGCUGCAUUAGACCCAUCCUUCAACACUUUCCAAGACCCAGAACUGGAUUUAUCAACCCUAACCAAUCAAAGAUUGGUUUUUUACAUGUAAACAAGAAAUUGACAGAUCUAAAGUGCCUUUCAAUCUCUUCCCCAACUGGGUUUUAUAGAGAGAGAAAGUGGGUUCUCAAGGUGAGUGCUCCAUUGAAGGUUGCUUCUGUGGAAGAAGAUGAGAUUGAAUUCGACCCAGGCUCGCCGCCGCCGUUCAAAUUAUCCGAAAUUCGAGCCGCCAUUCCGAAGCAUUGCUGGGUUAAGAAUCCAUGGACGUCUAUGAGCUAUGUUUUCAGAGAUGUUUGUGUUGUUUUUGGCUUGGCUGCAAUGGCUGCAUAUUUCAACAACUGGCUUGUUUGGCCUCUUUAUUGGGCAGCUCAGGGAACUAUGUUUUGGGCUCUCUUUGUUCUUGGUCAUGAUUGUGGUCAUGGAAGCUUUUCAAACAAUCCCAAGCUAAAUAGUGUGGUUGGUCAUCUCCUACAUUCUUCAAUUCUUGUGCCCUACCAUGGAUGGAGAAUUAGCCAUAGGACACAUCAUCAGAAUCAUGGACAUGUUGAGAAUGAUGAAUCAUGGCAUCCGUUGUCUGAGAAAAUUUACAAUACAUUGGAUGGCAUUACCCGAACUCUGCGGUUCACCAUUCCUUUCCCCAUGCUGGCAUACCCCUUUUACCUGUGGGGUAGAAGUCCUGGGAAGACUGGCUCGCACUUCCACCCAAACAGUGACUUGUUUGUCCCCAGUGAGAGGAAAGAUGUGAUCACUUCCACUGUAUGUUGGACAACAAUGGCUGCUUUGCUUGUGGGAUUGUGUUUUGUGAUCGGUCCUGUUCAAAUGCUCAAACUCUAUGGCAUUCCAUACUGGGGUUUUGUAAUGUGGCUGGAUCUCGUAACCUACUUGCAUCACCAUGGCCACGAAGAGAAACUUCCUUGGUAUCGUGGAAAGGAAUGGAACUACCUACGGGGAGGGUUGACCACACUUGAUCGUGACUACGGAUGUAUUAAUAACAUCCACCAUGAUAUUGGAACUCAUGUGAUUCACCACCUCUUUCCUCAAAUCCCACACUAUCACUUAGUGGAAGCAACUGAGGCAGCUAAGCCAGUGCUCGGGAAGUAUUACAGGGAGCCCAAGAAAUCAGGUCCUUUACCAUUCCACCUAAUUGGAAAUUUGAUAACGAGCAUGAAACAAGACCACUAUGUUAGUGAUGCAGGGGAUGUUGUGUACUACCAAACUGACCCUAAGCUUAGUAGCUCUUCUAAAUCCGAGUGAAGAUAUUAAUUUAAAACAGAGGAAGGUAUUUGAGCUAUAUUUAUACACCAAUGGCCUUGCUUAACUUCGACAUUAUCCGGGCAAGAAUUGCAACAAGGAUGCAAAAACAUAUAUAGUUACCUGAACUUUUCCAUAUCGAAGAGGGGAGAGAGAGAGAGAGAGGGAGAUACGUGUUACUAGCACAAAGAUUAUUGCAGAUGCCUUGUUUAAAACAUCAGCGGAAGAUGUAUUGAGGGUAUUUUCAAUAUUGAAAUAGUGGAAUUAAUGAAAUAUGUAUAAUUUAUUCUUCCUGAAGAGGAAAUCAUCUCUUCAGCAAAUCUAUCAUUUUUUUUUUUGGAUGUAUUAUUUAGAUGAAAUUCCAAGAAGAAUGAAAUUGGUGGAAAUAGAUUGAAGUAAAA